UCGGCAUCGAUGUGAAAGUGCUUUGUGGUAGGCAAUGUAUUGGGUGGUUCUCAUCUUGAUUGUAACUAUUAUGGGCGUUGCGUGCAAUCAAUUUCCAGUGCCUAAUAUUACGCAAGAAGCAAACAGAACUUAUUGGAGCAAUUUAGCAAAGCUAGAAAUCGAGAAAAACUUGAAGAGGCAUGUAUACAGGAAUCGCGCAAAAUACGUUGUGCUUUUCCUGGGAGAUGGCAUGGGCGUCAGUACGGUGACUGCUGCUAGGAUCUACAAGGGCCAAAUCCUGAAGAACCACAGUGGCGAAGAGACUGUUCUUUCUUGGGAGAAAUUUCCAUAUGUGUCCUUAUCCAAGACAUACGGACUAGACACACAAACAUCUGACUCGGCCAACUCAGCUACAGCGUAUCUUUGUGGAGUCAAGGCCAAUAUUGGUACAGUGGGAGUGGACUCCACUGUAAAGGGUGGACAGUGUCACAAUGAUACGACAGCGUACGUGGACAGCAUUAUGAAGUGGGCUCAGGAGGCCGGCAUGUGGACGGGCAUUGUGACCACGUCUACAGUCACCGAUGCCUCCCCAGCUGCUGCCUACGCCCACUCUGGCUACCGCGAGUGGCAGCAUUCUGUCCCGGAUGGAUGCAAUGCAUCGGAUAUCGCGAAGCAACUGAUCUACGACUCGCCUGGCAAUGGAAUGAGGGUCAUCAUGGGGGGUGGGAGAAAGGAAUUUUUACCUUCUUCCGAAUGCGAUGAGGAUGGCCAAAGGGGUGCUAGAGCCGAUGGACUAAAUCUCAUAAAAGUUUGGAAGGAAAUGAAGAACCAAUCAAACGCUGUGUACGUAUCGAACAAAACUGGCCUUGAAGCCGUUGACAUCAACUCAGUGGAUUAUUUGUUAGGUCUAUUCGACAGUGACUUCAUGCCGUUCUGGUUAAGUCGUCAACUAUACAACAAAACAACACCAGGUCUAGGCGACAUGGUAAAGGUUGCAGUGCAAAUACUUUCGAAGAACUCUAAAGGCUUUGUUUUGCUCGCGGAAGGUGGACGCAUCGACCACGCUCAUCACGUUAACCUCGCGCAGCUCGCCCUGCAGGAGACCGUGGAGUUUGAAGGAGUGGUCGGGGCGAUAUCACAAAUGCUUCCUGAAAAUGAAACACUUAUCGUCGUUACGGCAGAUCAUUCUCACACCUUAAACAUUGCAGGCCACCCACCACGAGGAACCAACAUCCUUGGUUUUGCUGGAACAACAGAGACAGAAAACCCGGUUGAAUACACCGUGCUUUCCUACGGCGUUGGACCAGGAGGGUAUAGACCACUUGUGAAUGUGACUUUAAAAAACACAACGGACAUUUUCUUUCGACAGCAAGCGGCAUUUCCCAUGAAGUUGGCCCCUCAUGGUGGUGAGGACGUGGCCGUCUACGCCAAGGGAACCUGGGCGCACCUCUUCAGUGGCGUCCAUGACCAGACGUACAUUCCCUACGUCAUGGCCUACGCAGCGUGCAUAGGACAGUUCAAUGGCACCGAGUGCCACGAAUGCAAGUCGUUAACCUAGGUGAUUGCGUCGUGAGAGGGGAACUUGGCGGGAGGAAUCACUCCGUCAAUCGGACAACCUCGUCUAUGCAAA